GGCACCCAACCAAAUCCAUCACCCACAACAUUAUCGGAUUAAUUCAACCCAAUUGUCGACACAGCGAUACCGGGCCCCAUGUUCAUAUUCAGUAUGUAUUGAAAUGAGAUACCGUACCCGCACUCUCAAGGCGGUUGGUCCUGCUCCCCAGUCAGUCAAGUUUCACAGAUGCACUCGAGUACCGCACCGGUACCUGUUCUGGUAUGAGUACAAAGUGUGAUACAAUUACCGUGCUGUGCAGUACGCUUUGCCGGUACGGCUUCUUCCCUUUUCAUCACAUACCCGAGUACGGCGCAUUACUCGAGUAGUGUCCAAGGAGUGGCAUACGCUACUUCCAAGCCAGCCCGCCGUUUUACGGUGGAUGCUCAACACAUCACACUGAGAGGGGGAUAUGAUGGCCCUCAUAGCUUCACCUUCCUAAUACCUAGCCGUGUUGUACGAGAGAUACUCAACCCUCCCUGCGACAGCAAGGGAAAACAGCCGCAAGCAGAUGCACCAUGGAACUGAAACAAAUUGCCAGAAAUCGUUCUUAUUCCUAAUUUGAUUAUUCGAGACAUACGUUACUGUACUCGAGUACUGUACCUAAGCGUACAGUAUGUUCCCGGUAACCGUCUUCCCAUACGAUGACUGCCGUGGAGAGUCCUUUUCUGAUCACAAUCUGGUCACAAAAAAUGGGUCAAGUCAUGCAGGGGGAGCAGAGGCUUGGCACUUCACUCGAAUUCCUUGUCACGACAGGCCGGAUAUCGCUUAGCUUGCAAUAACUCUCGAUCUGCGAACUGCUCACCCAUAACCACCGCCAACACCAUUAUUGUUUCUCACCCUUCAAGGCCCGGUAUAUCGCCCCUCUAACCCCCGUAGAGGACAUCUCCCCCUCCUUCAGCGAUAGCCAUCUCCGAACUAAAGAAAUAUUGUUCCCCUAAACAGCCCUGCCCGUCUUCCUGGUUUCUUCGCUACAGCCUUGUCUAUUCGCUUGCCCCCCCCCCGACAACACCGAUGUGGCCCUUCCCAUCCCCGGCACCAGGUUCGUACCUCGCUCAAACACAAACACAAACUCAUCUCCCAUCACCCCAAACGCGACUCAACAUACAUAGGACAAAUACUCCUGACCUCUUCUACACAACUCCUCUGGCCACCCCCAUGGAACAGCACCCCACCUCCUCCUCUACAUUAUCGACCCCAAACACAUCCAGAGCUCGAAGAGCUUCACGCCCGGCUGGCCCUCUGAUUGACUUGACUGAUACAGUUCCCAUCGGCGCCUCGUCGGAUGUUCAGGCCGGGCGGGCAUUCCCAGCGCCCAAGCGACGCAAGACUUCACAGUCCCCCAUACGUUUCACAAAGAUUGAGAAGGUGGAUCUGAGCCAUGAAGAGGACGAUGAGUUCUCCAUGAAGAGGAGCAGGGAGGAACUACUGAAGGUUCAGAACGGAGGCGACGAUGGGAAACAUAAAAGAUUGGCAGGAUUCUCUUGCGUUAUCUGUAUGGAGGAUGAGCCGACGGAUUUGGCUGCUACUCCUUGCGGUAUGAGAGCACACUACUACAGCCCAUCCCCCCGCCUCUCUCCCGUUCUUUUCAAUUGGAAAAUGGCUGAAUGGAUGAAAUGGCACAUCACAGGUCAUAUGUUUUGUCACCUCUGUCUGCACGGCGCAAUUAAAGCCUCUACGACCGCAACUAAUAAGUUGCAUGGCCGUUGUCCCGUAUGCCGUGGAAAGGUAUCACUCAAAGAUGUAGUGACAAUAGAGUUCAAACUCUUAUCCAAAUCCCAAGGAAAACAGCCAGCAAAGUAAACCGAAUAAUCUUCAACAAAUCCUAACGCAAAGCAACUUAUUGUAUUUUUACUCGCUUCCCUCACCCAGCUUGCCCGAGAAUGCCUUCCCACAAGUCAUCUUUUUCCCUUUGUCGCUACCCUAUCAUCCUCCUUCCUAGCAGUUAAUUCGGGCUUUAGAGCUGUGUUCUUCCCCCCUCCCCCACCUCACCAAUAUAUAUUUCACUUCCUUGUACCUCUUUCGUAUCGCCUUUUUGUCUUGCAUCGAGAUGUCUGGGCCGGAUAGUUUAGGUGGCGGUAUUUUCUUCUGAAUUCCUCCUAGUUUUUUCCUUUUGUUCUUAUUCCCCCUCCCCUGCCGUUACUCAACGGUUCACGACCUGGUUCGCAAAGUAUUCUAUUUAUCACAUUUUCUCGCACUAGACUGGAGUUUUUUUUAUGAUAGUUUUUAUUGUUACCAUCACUAUUCUCUCUUCUUUAUUUGUACCCUUGGUUUGAUAAAUUCUCCUUAUUGGGAGGAAGUAGAUGGCGGCUUACUCUACUCCUUUUACUCUACGAGUACUUUGCCAUAUAUUGGUCCGAGGGAUGAUGGAUGAUCCUCUUUUUUUCCCCUCCAUUUUCCCGAUAAUUUGGCACUUCUCGAGAAUGUAUAUAUCGAGAUAUUUGUGCAAGUUUCUCCAAA